AUGGGGUUCUCGUCCUUUUGGACCACCAUCGUGGGCACCAAAGUGAAAGAAAUCACGCCUCAACACCGACCAUUUUCCUUUGAGGAAGGCUACCAGGCGGCUGCGACAGCUCCAUUGAAUCCACUCCACCAAAACCGAGCAGCUGCGAUAUCUGAAGUCAUACUCCCACCAAGGAAUCAGGAUGCACAAUCUAUCAAGAGCAAGCGGAAAAGCCGCUCCUUCAGCAUGUCGAAGCACAAAGCAGACGGGCAAACGAUCAAGCGGAGGAGCUGGUUUGGAGGCAAGCCGGAGGAAGAAGCAGUUCCAGCUGUACCAAAGCUACCACCCUUCACCGCACUACCACCCAUGCCUAUAAGCACACUACGGCCUGAGGCCGAGGAUAUCAGGCCUGGCACAGCACUCACCGUGGACGACCAAAUCGAAUUGGACACGCCCAAAACGCCAAAACUUGGAGAGCCGAAAGCCGAAAAGCGGAAAAGUCGACGAUUGUCGCUCGGUCAAGCGUUGAAAGGUAGAACGCGAAGCAAGUCAACUGCUUCACAGGCUGCACCGACGCUGGAGAAGCGACAGUCAGUGUUGGGUGGGCUGCGAGAUAUGGCGCCUCCGGUGCCUGCGCUUCCUGUCGCCUCGCCACCACCGGAGCUCAUAGAUGAGGACACUGGCAUGGUGCCAUCCGCAUUAGUGGUCGCUGAGAAGCGCAAGAGCAGACGAUUUUCGCUCAGCCGAGCUCUGACCGUGGAACGCAGGAAAUCAACAGCUUCGACGAAGAGUAGUCGUCGUUCGUGGUGGCAAAGCAGUAAUCCCGAUGAUGGCGAAUCAUCGCCACCACCGGUACCAGCUGUGCCUGCUCUGAUUCAGGACGAUGGCAUGCGUACACCAGAUUCAAGCAUAGCAUAUACAGCGAGUCCUGAUAAUAGCGACUUGAUAGAAUCAAAUCCGUUCUCCGAUGGGCCAAUGAGGACUGCAACCCGCGGCACAACGAUGAAGCAACCCCGGCCGAUCAGUGGUAUCAGCGUGUCUUCGCGCAAAUCAUAUGUGCCGAAAAGUGCUGCAAAGGGUUUCCUGCGGUCGACGAGUGGGCGAAUGAGCGAGAAUCGGCAUUCCUUGAUGGAGGAUGGGGAUGGUGGCACCGUUUGUCUUAGCGAGGAGCAGCAGAAGGAGUGGGACAAAUUGAAGCUGUUGAUGGAUGCUAUGGAUCGACGGCACGAUGUCGGCGUUGUUGGCAUGCUUAGAGAGCUCGAAGACGACGAGGAUGGCGAAGACCGGCGCAUGUUCUCCAACGCUCAAGCGUUAGCUGCGCUCGAAUUUGGAACAGCUCGGUAG